GCAAUAACUAAUUAUUUCGGAGAAGUUCAUCAGGCGAUAUCAGGCGGCCGAUGUACAACAACAGAACAAGAAAACAUAAAACAAAGAAAACGAUACAAAGGAUUAAUGACUAAGCUGACUAAAAACUUAAAUUUUGUCUUGAAAUAUUGCACUAGAAGGUGAUUAACGUAAGUAGUUACUAACUCAAAACAAAGUUAAGCAUUUAGAUUAGAGUCACGUCGAGCCAAUAAGCGACCCCCUCCCCAGGCCCCGCCCCCGGCUGGCCCCUCCACCCCUUUGAUGUUUUAAAGCUCAUGGUGGCGCUGUUCGUCAUCGCAGACAGAAUCAUCACACAAGUGUCAGGUGAAAACAAUCUUCAAACCCGGAAACUAAUUAAAAUCAAUGUAAACAACAACAACUGUUGUUAAGAUAGGGGCAAGACACCAUGGAGACGAUACAGCAAAGAUGUUUAUCAAUGAAGGAACUAUUACUGAAGGCAUGGAGAGAACGUUGGACAGAUGUACAAUGGAGUACACAAAUGAAGCAGAUCUUACCACCAGGAGUGUCAGGAGAUAAUUAUAAACUAGCGGAUAUGAUCUUGACCCAGGCUUUUGUUGGACCCAAUCCUAACAGCCUAAUGCUGUCUUAUCUCAAACAUGUGAUAGUAUCUCAGGUAGUCUCGCAUUCAGCCGUUUUUAACUCGAUCAGUGAUCAUGACACAAUAUGCAUAACAAGGCCGUAUUGUAUGAAGAGCUUGAUGGAGAUUUUCUCAGGAUGUGUCAACAAAAUCAACUGCCAAGGCUCAAUGGAAGAUUGUUUGAAUCUAUGUCAGUCCUUUCUACAAGUCAUCCAAUGGCUUCUACAUUCUAUUGCCCUCAUACUAGAGAAGAUGCCUGAGUUAAGAGAUCUACAAGUCAUGGCCACCAAUCUAGACAUCAUCAGUGAAAUAUUACGCAUUACUUGUAUGAGUCGAGUCAAUAAGAUAUUUCUGUUUAUUGCUAAACUUGAAGAUGAAGGUACAUGGACUGAGAUGGAAGAGACUAUUGAUUCUAUCAAAGUUACCUUAAGUGCAACUCAGUCACAGUCACAACCAGGACAACAAACUAGAGGUGGUAGUAGUCAAGUGGACCAGCUUCUCAAUGCUCCAAGGACAACCUACUCCAAUCAGAAUGCUAAUAAGAAAGAUAAAGGAGAUAGAGCAACUACUGAAUCAAUACGAGAACGGCUGGAGAGGAGUCUAACUGAUGUUCUUAAAAUAGCUCAACUAGAAACCAAUCACACUGCGUACACUAAUACCAUUGAAUUGAAGUCAAUGAGUACUAGUAUUGGUAUUAUGACCUUCAUGGAAGCAGCUCUUAAUGUUACCAGCGACCUACAACCAUUCGUGGAUCAAUUACUACUAGUGGAGCAACUACAGGAUCUACCUAGAGCUAGUAUAUACCUUGAGUUAUGUCAUGCUAGUCUACUUGGAUUGAUUGAUCUAUCCGACCCGAGUGAUGAACUGAAAUGGCUGGCGUUUACAUUCAUCAAGCUACCUCUGAUCCUCACUCGGUUGAAGCAGAAUCCAUCACUCAGUGAUUCUACAGACGUCAAUACUCAUUUCCUGAGUUGCUUUGAGCAGUUACUCAGAUUCAAUGUAUUGAUUGAUCGGGCAGAUACCAAACACAACUGUGAUUGUAUGCAACAGUUACUGCCCCAAUGUUGUAAGCUUGGAUUACUAACGGAAACUCAAGUCAGAGAGUUACUGGCAUCAAGAUCAGUAACUCGUAAAGCAUCGAUACAGUGUCGAUCUACAGGUCAUGUAUCUCAUGAUUCACCACCACAGUUACCUAAUGCUACACUAGUCAUCAGAGCUGAAACAACAUCAACUAGUAUAUUGAAGAAUAUGGACAUGGAUUACUCCAAGAAUCCCGAUGAUUUACUUGGAGUUCUUGGUCACAUGAUGUCUGGCAAGAGUUUUGAAUUGAUCAUUGCUGCUCUAGCUACCACUGGAAAACUCAAAAAGUUUACUGCAAAACUUAUUAAAUUCAAUGAGCAAGCCUGUAAGCAGACACUGGUAGAGGUCAGUAAAGGAUCUCAAGUCCGAGCAGCAUUGUUUGAUAUAUCCUUCUUGAUGUUAUGUCAUAUUGCUCAGCUGUAUGGAACAGAGAUGGUGACAUCUAAUGGUGGCGAUUCCCUAUUUGAGACAUGGGUGCAGCAGUGUUUACCGGAUGAUAACGGAGCUAAACCUCUUGGUUCAUUCCCUGCUAUUGACCCAGCAAAGGGAGAUAUACUCCUAGGGCAAUAUAACUCCAGUAUGGACCUCAAGACAAUGCAGACACGUUGGAAUGAAGUGAUUGAUACAAUGCCUUAUAUUAUGCAAGAAGUGUUGUUUGCCUGGGAGAAUGGUGCUAUUAAUGUGGAUCAAAUACAAAAACUAGUUGACAGUCUGAAAAGUAAGUUAUGCUGUCUUCCCAUCUGCUGUGUGGCCUGGUUAUGUAGUCACAUUGCUGUGAUUGCAUCUACUGAGCGUAAUAGACCCCUCAGCUUACUACAGAUUAUUUGCUCUCCCAGCACUAGUCAGUUUGGAGUACCACUACAAAUCUAUGACAAUGAACGAAACGCCAUGAUGAAAAUCAUUAUCAAGAAAAUGUGCAGCAGCAGCACCAGCACAAACACACUAGCUCAUGCCAACAAAGACGUCCCAACCUUACCACUAACCACCCCUUCAACUCAAGUGUUGUCAUCCAUCUUCAGAGAGAUUAUGGAUAAGGGUUGUGUUGAUAGGAGGACCCUCUCUUUGGUGGAUCAGUUGAUUAAUUGUGGGGGUGUUCUGUGGUUUUGCAGAGGAGUGGUGCUUGAGAUUUGCUCUUUACAUUGUAAGAAUGAGCUUACUAUGGCAGUUGAAGUUGCAUUUGCCAUGUUCCAAGUGGACAUAGAGCAAUUGACAUUGACGCUGAUUCGUAAGGUUCUGCCACGUAUUCUAGCCGAUCCACUCAACUUUGAGAAGUUGAGUAAUCCUCGAGGUCAUGCUCUAGCUAAGUUGACAGUGUGGUGUAUUGCGGCAACGCUGACCAGUCAUACAAGCUCAAGAGAUACCAAGUCUAAAGAGAGUCCAUUUAGGAUGCUGAGAGGUCGUAAGAGAAGCAGAGGAGAUCUAGAUAGAGAGGAUUCAAGUGUCUUAAAAGAUGAAGUGAGGCCAUCAAAGAUAAGACGAUUAUUGAGUCCAGGGGAUGAAGACGGCUCAGGAAGUAAUCUUACAGGGUCAGUGAGUUACAGCACUGGAUUUCUUGUUGCUCAGACUCAACAACAAUUGAAUGAACCAUUUCCUAAAGCAAUAGUAUCGUUAUUGCAGUUAUGUUCAUCAGUGAUGUGUAGCAGUAUGAUAGGACCCAGGACUGAGUUUGUUAUAUCUCUCAUGAUAGAAAUCACUCAGUGUGGUGAACAUAUUAGUUCAGGCAUACUCCAGUUUGCACCUAUUACUAUGAUGACUCAGAUGUUGAAUACUUCCAGUGGUCCACAUCUUCUAGAUCUUGCUUUAGCUGUUGGACGAGUUGAUAGUAUUGUAGCUCGGAGACUCGCUGCCAAAGCAUUAUGUCAAUACAGUAAAAGUGGACGUCUCUAAAAUCAACUUCAAGUUUAAAGGCACUGGACACUAUUGGUUUUUACUCAAAAUAAGUGUUAGCAUUCAACAAAAACUUGGUAUUGAGCAAAAAAGAGCUGUUGAUAGUUAGUAUAAAACAUUGUGAGAAAUGGCUCCCUCUGAAGUACAUAGUUUUUGAGAAAGA